AUGAGGAAACCUAAUUUCCCUCCUUGGAUUGCGGUUCAAACUGGAAAAAAAGCUUCUGUUGCAUCUAGAUUUCAAAUUAGUAAAUAUCCUACUAUAAAAGUAUUAAUUAAUGGACAACCAGCUAAAAGAGAAUAUAGGGGUAAGCGAUCAGUUGAAGCUUUUGUGUCUUUUGUACAAAAACAACUUGAAGAUCCCAUACAAGAAGUAUCMAGCUUGUUUGCUGCAGCCGAUGUGAAGUCAAGAGUUGUAAUUGGAUACUUUGAAAGCAAAGAUUCUCAAGAAUACCAAAUAUUUAGAAAAGUAGCAACAAAUCUUAAGGAUGAUUGUCUUUUUUAUGCUGGAGUUGGUGAAGCAUUCCGUGCUAUGCAUCCACCCAAUGAAACAAUAAUAGAAUUCAGACCUGACCGGGCGUCUCCAAAGUCUGAACACCAUACUUUUAGAGGAAAUUCAGCCGAUUAUGAUUCGCUAAAUAUAUGGGCUACAGACAAUUGCUUACCAUUAGUACGUGAAAUAACAUUUGAGAAUGCUGAAGAAAUCACUGAAGAAGGAUUACCAUUCUUACUAUUUUUCUAUCAUCCUGAUGAUUUGGAGUCCAUUAAGCUGUUCAAAGAAAUUGUUGGCACACAUUUAAUACAAGAGAAACAACGUGUAAACUUUUUAACUGCUGACGGUGUCAAAUUUGCGCAUCCUUUACAGCACCUGGGGAAACGACAUACCGAUUUACCUGUAGUUGUCAUUGACAGUUUCAAGCACAUGUAUCAGUUUCCAGCAAAUAGUGAUUACAAAAACCAUGAGCAUCUAAAAACAUUCAUUGAUGAUUUGUACUCUGGUAAAUUACAUAGAGAAUAUCAUUUAGGUCCUCAGGAAAUUUCUGCCAUAGAGGUAAUUCAUGGUCAUAACCAACCUGCUCAACAAACAAUGCCACCUGAAUCUACUUUUAAGAAACUGGCACCUUCUAAAAAUCGUUACACAUUAUUAAAAGAAGAAUUAUAGCUUAAUUAUACUAUGUGGCGUAUUGAACUUUAACUGCCCAACAUAGUUUUAACUUUGUAAGUUAUUGAAUUAUUUCCCAUGUAAAUUAUUUUAUUUUAUUUUUGUUCAUAUUUUAAAAUUUACCAUUUACUUUAUUAUCAUUGUUUUUCCCUCSAAUUAUUUGUCUGUAUCUCAUACUGAUUGUUUCCAUUUUUAUCAUAUUGUAAUAUUUUGAUUAUCAUCAUAAGGUGCUGGUAUCCAUUCAAAUUAUAUUAUUAUGUGUACAUAAUUGAUUAAAUUUUUAAAUGUCAUUCUAUCCUUAGGAUAAUAUCUAUUAAUUUGCCAUCUUGAUGCCUAUGCACAAUUAGUGAUUAAGAUAAUAACACUGUUAUACUAAAUUAGAUAUCAGCUGUAUUUUUUAUAGUAAUUUUUUUAAAAUCUUUGAGCGCUUUAAAUUCUGACUUUGAAUACUCAUUUUGUAUUAAAUUAAAUGUUAUGUAUUGUAUACUCUGAUAUAAAAUACAAUACUUAAUACAAAUUCUUUAAUUUGGAGAACUAAUAAAACUUUAGAUUCAAUUAAUGAACUAUGGUCAAAACGAAUUUCGGUUAUCAAUUUUAAUUAAUUAAAAUUAAUUUCAUGUCCUUGUCUAGAAAAUUAUAAUU